AUGUCCGACCCCAAGAUCCAAGAGCUCCUCACCAAGCCCCGCAACGAGCUCACCGAGUACGAGAUCGCCCAGCUCGAGGAGCACGAGUUCAGCGCCGGGCCCCUCUCGAUCCUGCAGACCGCCGUCCGCUCCCACACCCAGGUCCUCAUCUCCAUCAGGAACAACCGCAAGCUGCUGGCGCGCGUCAAGGCCUUUGACCGGCACUGCAACAUGGUCCUCGAGAACGUCAAGGAAAUGUGGACAGAAACGCCGCGAACCGCAGACGGCAAGAAGGGCAGGCCCGUCAACAAGGACAGGUUCAUCAGCAAAAUGUUCCUACGAGGCGACAGCGUUAUCCUGGUUCUCCUGAGCUGA